UUUCACUUUAGCGCUGCGCGCUUGCGUUAUUCGCAUGUGAAACGGUGAAGCGAAAGGUGGUCCAGUUGAAAAGUUAGCAAUUUUUUUUUGAACAAAUUAAAAGAGCUUAAGUGCAUAAAAUUUUCUUUCAACGCAAAAAUUGGCUUGUGAAACGAUGUGGCGCAAGAGCUGGUGCCAAAAGUGAUUAUCCUUGCUGCAUGCAAGAAAGUAGCAGUGAAAGCAGUGAAAAAAUAAAUAAUUAAAAAUUAUUAUCAUUUGGAAUUUCAGCAAAAGCUAGUGAGAGAAAACAAAAAAACUGUGAAAAAAUGUUGUGCUUUUUCGUGGUUACAAAGUUACUCAUGCUCAAACUGCUCCUUGCCAGCAUAUCCGGUUUACGCGCUUACGAUUUCGGCUAUCAUCCGAGCGCCGAGGAAUUCGAUAAUUUUGUGCGCGAAACGAAACGCACUUGGACGCGUGAUAUGCUCGCCAACGAACACCGACGCGCGUGGACCGCGAAGCCGCCUUACCGCGAUGUAAUCGGCAGCUUCGUGCCAAAGUAUAAACGCAAUGAAGAACGUUUAAAUGUUGCGACGAAAUAUGACGCUUCGUGGUCAGGACAUAUGCAGCGUGUCGGGCGACCACUAAAGCAUUGGCAUGAAUCACCAAGCGUCGUGACGGCAGCGCAUGUGCUGAACGGCCAGACUGUAGGCUCGACUUUUGAUUUCAAUAUGUUCGAUGGUCAAUCGGGUUCAAAUGAAAUAAAUACGUUUGAUUUGCCAAGUGUGUCGACGUCCACAAGCGCAACUCAACACAAUGCGCAUAUUUCUUCCACAACGCAACCACAAUUGCCUGUGCAUAAUCUCAAAAUGCCGCCAAUCAAGCAUAUUUUGGGUAGUGUCAGCGAAAUUGCAUCGUCCAGUGAAACGCUGAAACCGACGCAACAUAACACGAAUCAAAGCUUCGCAAAUAUCACAAGGAACCACAACACCAAACAGUUUCCAUUAUAUUUUACCAAUCCCACCACCGGCAUCAUAUAUGCGAUUACAGAGGUAGGACACAUGCCGGAUGCCAUAAGCACAUUACCGACCUCCAACAACAGCAUACCGAUUUAUAUCUCGAAGGAACAAUACGAACGCGACUUGUAUCUACAACGCAAAUAUUACGAAAGUAAUUGUAAAGCCCCUGCUGCUGCAGACAAAAUUUCGUUCAAUCCGAGCGUGGCCACAACCAUCAUCUCGGCGACCUCAGCAGGUUCGAAUAGCAGUAUGCACCCACAAAUUAUACGCCUGCAAAGACCUUUAAGCACGCCUAUAUCCAAAAUCCCUACCUCCAAGUUGCCUACACACCUACACAAACCACCACCGGUUAUGGUGCAAACAGAGUUGACGAUCAGUGAUCAAAUGCAGUUACCAACACGGAAACAUAAGACUAAGCUCAAGCGCAAGAAUAAGAAGAAACCGAAUAGACCAGGGCGUAAGCCUAAUACACAUUUACCGGGUCUCAAACAGAGUGAGCUGCCGCUAAUCAUCAAAGGCGUGCGCGCAUCAACAUCGAAACCCCAAACAAGCACUGAGAAACAACUUGUCGCCACACAGCUGGAAAAGCCGAACUUUUCAAAUGGUAUAUUUAGCAAGAGCGUCACAUCGCAGGAGCAUCGUUUACACAAACGUUCCGUUACAAAUAUACGCGCCUAUGUAAAUGAACCGCGAAUUAUGGCAAUGACAGAUCAACAACUCAUUAGUCAGGCUGCUUUGACCCCGACUAAAGAGAGAAACAACGUCCAAACGAUAAAUAAACCAACGAAGACAGCGAUAAAAAGACGACCCAGAAUUAAGAAACGUCGUGCAAAAGUGGGGAAUCACACUGAAAUACAAAAACUAAGCAAUAGCGCAUACAAUCGUACCAAUUGGGGGCUGCCAAAACAACCUGCCCGAAGAGGCAAUUCAACUAAGUUAAAAUCUAAGCAAACAACUAAUAUUACAAAUCAAACACUCAGCCACAAUGCUACAACAGAAUUACCAACAUUAACACUGACCACAACUACACAUAGUAAAGCUAGGAAGAAGAAAACCAAACAUAGAAGAAAGAAAAAGAAGGAUAGAAUGGAAAAAAGAGGUGAAUUCGAUCUCUUCGACUUUGACCCCGACGAAGAUGAUGAUGAGGACGAUGAAGAAGAUGAUGAUGCUGGAAAAAUAUCUCAUCGUAACGACGACGAGGACGAUAGUGAAGAUGACUCGUAUGAGGAGGAUGAAGAAUCUUACUACGACUAUGCGCAAACUAAUAAGAAACGAAAACGCGGCAAUCAUAAACAACAACAUAAAGAAGACAGCAAUUCUGCCAGUUUGGAGCUGACCGAAGACUACACAGAAGAAACAGCAGAGCAGACAACAGAUGUAAACAAAAACUCUAUUGUAAUUGAUGAUGGCAGUUCAGCGGAGCCCAACGCCGAUUUUGGUGCAAUGAGUUCAGAGGAAACUGUUAUGUACAGUUCGUCCACAACAACUACAAUGAAACCAGUUUCGCAUACUAAGUCCGUUACCAAGAAACGCAUACGCAGACGUCCAUCGUAUAGUGAUGCAUCAACAUCCUACGAGGAUUACGAGGAUGAUGACGAGGCUGGCGUUGGUGGUGGUAUUGGCGGUUUUUUUCGUAUGAUCUUCUAUCCAGUGCAAGUAUUUAUGAACGGUGUUGCCGAUAAUUUCGGCAGUAAAGAGUCUGAAGAGGAACAAUACUUAUAUCCGACUUAUACCACUUAUCACAAUGGUAUACAGCGGAUUGAGAGUGAUGAGGAAGAAGAGGAGGAACAUACAAACUCCUUGACCAGUUGGUUAAGUUCAUGGUUCAGUUUCAACAGACGUAGGAAGAAUAUUGGUAGCACAACACCACUACCACCACCACCACCGCCGACACCUAGUGAGCCACCCAGUUGGUUUGAGUCGUGGUUCAAUUUCGGCAGCAAACCAAAGCCUGAGGAGACAGGUGAAAAUGAUGACAAAUGGUUCUUCGGUUGGUUUGAUACGAGACCCAAGCGUCGACGCAAGAUGACUACCACAACUACGACCACAGUACGCACACCCGAUGCACAAGUGCCGAUUUUGACGAUCGUCGAUCCGCUGAAAAAUCCACAAAAUUGGAUUGGCAUUUUAGCACAUCACAUCAUAAAUUCCACCGCAACGGCAGUUACACAAAAUCCGAUUAUGAAUGCGAUCACUCAAGCCACUGUUAAUCCAGAUGUGCCGCGCAUGAUAGAUUAUGAUCGAUAUCAAAUAUGGCGCUUGAAGCCGUUGGACGAUACACAAGUGCAUGUGUUGGAAGAGUACAAGCAAAGUGAAGACGGUAUAAAACUGCAGUGGUUGAAGGGCCCCAGCUUGCGCGGUCUAACAGACGUACUGGUGCCACCGAAACAAUUGAUCGACUUCGAGGCUAGUCUCAGUUUCGAAUCGAUCGCGCAUGAAGUGCUUAUUUACGAUGUCGGCAAGGCGAUCGUUUAUGAGCAAGCGCAAGAGCAGUUUCACUUCAAUGCCGCUAUGCGCCCGUUUAAAAACAAUAAGAAUCAACAGAAGCAGCAAGCAAUGACUAUGUCAUGGCAUAAAUACUAUGAAUACGAUGAUAUUAUCACACAUUUGGAAAUAUUACGCAUGCGCCAUCCACAACUAGUCGAGUUAAUACAUAUUGGGCGCUCAUAUGAGGGACGACCGUUGGUCAUAGUGAAGAUCGAGUCCAAAGAGCAUGCCGCUAGUGUAGCUAGUCAAACGGAAGUGGCACACAAAAAGUUAAAGAGUAAGAAACAACCAAAAGAGGCGAACUCAGUGUUCAUUGAGUCGGGCACACAUGGCCUAGAAUGGAUCGGACCGGCCACAUCGCUCUGGAUGAUCAGUGAACUAUUGCGAUUGAUCAAGAGUAACAAGACAACCGUUGAUAACGAGUACAUAAAAAAUACCACCUGGUACUUUAUGCCCAUACUCAAUCCUGAUGGUUAUGUGUAUAGUCAUAAAUAUGAUCGCUUCUGGCGGAAAACUCGUUCUCGACAUAUCUCACGUCGUAAUGGUAUCAUCGACUCAGCAAUGACUUGGCUGCAGCAAAAGAAGGUAGCAACACGGGUUUGCUAUGGUGUGGACUUGGAUCGUAAUUGGCACUACCAGUGGGGUAAGCGGGGUAGCUCAAAAUCAGCAUGUAAUGAAUUGUAUGCUGGGCCAGGACCCUUCUCCGAGCCCGAAUCGAAAGCGCUAUCGGAUUUUCUAAUAGAUUAUCGUAAACAAAUUAAGAUGUACAUUUCAUUACAAGCCUAUGGUCAGAUUAUUUCAUAUCCAAUGAAAGCGAACACUUCAUUUAACGCCGAACGCAUCGAUGACUUUCUCGAUGUGGCUAUGGUGGGAACGGAUGGAUUGCGUAAGCAAGGCAGCAAAUCACGCUACAAGAUUGACUCGACAAGUGAUCUGGUAGAAAAUCGCUCAGGUUGCUCUGACGCAUUCGCGGCUUAUGAAGUUGGUAUACCCUUCAGCUUCACGAUACAGUUAGCUGACAAUGGUGUGCAUGGCUAUCUGCUGCCCAGCGCCUCCAUAGAGCCAACCGCACGUGAUGCCUUCGAAAUAAUUACAGCGAUGAUUGAUUACAUUUGAUGGCGGUCCGGACUCAUGAACUAACUAUAUAGCUUGUAACUGUGUAUAUUUGUCUAAUUUGUAAAUAUUUAUGUGUAUUUAUUGAAUAGUAAUUUUGCUGUGUACUCUUAAUGAGAGAAAGUAUGCGACUUUAGUAGAACUAAAUAUUGUUUUAUAAGUUUUAACACAAAAUCGGCCUAAGUCUAUUUACAUUUAAACAAUAUGGACUUUAUGUACUGGAACCACGAUUCUUCUACGAUAUGCGAUAAAAUGACGAAAUAAUACUCUAUGAAUCUAAUUCUUUAGAUUCAGGCGACAGAAGCUUGAGAAUACAGAUUUAAUAAUGAAACAACGGCUAAUCGUGUAGCGCAGAUCUUCAAAAAAAAUUCGAAAACUUAAAAUAUGUAAGAUAAACUGUUCUCAAAUCACAUGACUGGAUGAUAUCGUAGAGUCAUGCAUGCGACCACAUAAUUUGUAAGCGAUAUUCAAACGCAAACAUUUACAUUUAUAUUCUAGAAUCAAAUUUUCCACAAUCCGACUCCCGGCUUCAGUUUUCCAUCGUUACCAAUACUCAUAUAAAGUAGAAAAUAUGUAAACCAGCAGGAUCUCUAACAGCAAUCGGCGGUUUUUAUUAGUCCACCCUAACUCUGAAGGUAACUGUUUUUCUGUUAUGCAGGUUAGGGUUAUAGUAAGUUUUGUGGUUGAAUACAGGUCAGCAGAUCACAUUUAGGCAAAUAAAGCGUAUAUUUUAUUUCAAAAACUCCUGAAAAUUACCUAACACAAUUGAUUUCGGAAACAGAUGGCUAAGCCCAUAAUGUAAAACACAAGGUGUUCUAACCUUGACCUCACAAUCUCGGAACAGUAGAAGCGCUGAGAUUCGAAGUCUUCUGGAUAACUUAUUAGGUAUCAGACCGGGCCAGAAGGCGAUUGUCUCACCUUUUCUAAACUCACAUGCGAACGGAAUUUUGACAAAACAACUGCAAGAGAACCACGGAACUUCAACGCACUACCAGUCUGCUAAGACAUUCCGCUAUGAUCAAGCAUCCAGAGGAACGGUCGGAGAGCUCCAAACAAGCAUAUGUGUCCGGAUAUUGGAGGACUUGAGUUAUGUGCGAUUUUUAAUGCUCUAUCUAGGUAAAGCUUUCUAUACAAAUGCAAUGUUGCUUGAGAUCGUAUAAUGUUCAUUUGCCUCGGAUUUUUUUUUAUUAAUCUCUUUGAUCAUGUUUUUUAUAUUAUAUUUAAAUCCUCCUAAGCCAGUCUUAC